AUUGCCUCAUAUCCUGGGCAGGAAAGGUGCUUUCUGUGAGUUGGGUGGUGAGAGCAGGUGCUUCUGCUUGUAUAUCUUUGUGCUUUCUGCAAGCAAGGUCUGAGGAGGAGAUGUGAGACAACUGGGAAGAGGCUCCCUAUGACUGCUCUCAGCAUCCAGAAAUUACAGGUCUAAGCAGCCAAGUGCUUUGUCUCCCUGCUCUCAAAGUGUUUCUGUCAGAGGCUGAAGCAGCAAAGAUUUGCAACGAAGACCAGAAUCCUGCUGGGCUAAACCACAGACCCAGUAUACAAUUUCUGCCUGAAAGAAUCCUCCAUAUAUUACUUCAAACAUAGGAUCUGGUCAAAGCACAGAAACCACAGGACCAGGAAUGUACCGGGAUGGCCACGGAGCAACCGGGAAAUAAUUACAAAACACAUCUCUGGAAAAGAGGACGAGGAAGUGAAAUCAGAGGGCUCCGCCACCCUUCGGGAAAGGGAAAAAUACUUAUAAAUCCCUGAGCAGAUGGUGAGUGUAAACACACCGGAGGGAGCUGAGCUCCUCCCGGGGGAAACUCGGACUUUCUCCUCUCGCCUGAGGAGGCCGGGGAGCUGCUCCGCCCGGGGAUAUACGGACACGGACAGACACGGGGAAGCGCACACAGCCGCACAGCGUACACGCUCUGUAUCAUCCCUUGCACACACACAGACCCCGAGGCAGCCGCGCUCCGCGGACCCGCGCCCCGCACCGGCACACGGGCGAAGCGCCGCCCCGGCCCGCCCCCGCAUCCCUCCCUCCUCUCUGCCGCCCUCCCUCCUCCCCGCCCGCCGCGCACACACACACACGCACACACACACACACCGGCCGCAGCAUGACGGGCGGGCGGACGGACUGACAGACCGGGGCACGGCCGCUCCGCACGGAUUAUUCUCCCCGCGCUGGGACGACGCGGCGGAGCAGCGACCCAGCGGGGCGGGGGCGGUGCCGCGCCGCGCUGCCAGGAGGGUCCCAGCCCCCGCCGGCCAGCGGCGAGCGCGUCGGGCGCUGGAGGAGCCCGGCCAGGUUAUUGUAUUGGCUGUGGAGAACCACGGACCCUUGGUGCCCUGAUGGGGGACUCGGGAUCCAGACGCUCGACUCUUGUAUCUCGGUUGCCAAUAUUCAGGAGAAGUGUUAGCCGGAGACACGACUCCCUUCCUUCCUCGCCUUCUUCUGCCAGUGCCAUUGGUGUCCACACCUCCUCCCCAUCCAGCACCAACUCCAGCUCAGGGAGCACAGGAAAGCGCCGGAGCAUUUUCCGCACUCCUUCUAUUAGCUUCCAUAACAAGAAAGGGAGUGAGCAGAAACCUGACUCAGCAAGUCAAAAUGUUAACAUCUCAAAUGGUGCCCAGUCUUCUCUUAGCACUUUUCACAAACUCAGCUUAGACGAGCACAUAAAAAGCAGAGGAAGGCAUUCAGUUGGCUUUGGCAGUUCACGUAACAAGAAGAUAACAAGGUCUUUGACAGAUGAUUUUGAAAAGGGAAAGGAGCCCUCAGCUAAUAAGAAUGUCUUUAUCAAUUGCAUAAGCUCUGGGAAGAAUGAGGGUGAUGAUUCGGGUUUUGCAGAAGAGCGGAGCCGAUACUCUGUCAAACAGUCCACACGAAAACUCCUCACUAAGUCUUUUUCAUCACACUACAAAUUUUCCAAACCAGUUCCAGAGAGUCAGUCGGUUUCCUCUGUGCAGCAGCCCAGGUGCUUGCUGGAAGUUAAAUCCUAUGUGGAGAGCGAGCCUGUGAUGGCCAGGUCAUCUCCUCCGUGCUCGGCUGAGACGACGGAGUGCAUGGGCAGCUCCCUGCAGUCCCCGCUGCUCUCGGCUGACCUCACGGCCGCCCAGACCCCCUCAGACUUCAUCGCUCUCACCGAGGACUCUGUGUCAGAGGCUGAUGCCCUGCCCAGCAGUGGGCCUGGGGUGCCGCUCGCGGAGGAUUUUGGCCACGAUGUCUCUGCCCCUCAGGUCUUCUUUAAUCCUGCUGCUGCUCCUGCAAGGGAGAGAGAUACUGUGCAAAGUGCUGGCCAUUCUGCUGGUGUGUCUCCUGUGAGUCACGCAAGCUCGUGCAGUGUGGAGCCCAGUACCUUAUUCAAAACCUCAGUUGCUAAUCAAACAAAAGUACUGUUGCAAGCCAAUGGACUGCAUAUUAAUGAUGCCAGGCACAUAGAAAAAAGUAACUCAGAAAAUGCAUGUUUAGAAACGGUGACGUUAGAGUGUAGAGAGGAACCAGUGACACUCUCUCCAAAGGCACGGGGGUUGAGUGGCAGCAGAGAUGAAAGCACUCCAUCCAAGCACAUGAGAAACACAAUUCCUGUAGUGGAGUCUAACACUGUUCCGUGUUCUGAACCUCAGUCCUUUAAAAUACAACAGGGUUAUGAAUCAAACCAUUCUAAAGUUGAUGUUGCCAACAGCCUCAGUCCAUACCGGGAGGGCAGAUUUGUUGAGAAACGCCUGAGGUCCUCUUCAGAAGGCACUGCUGGGGGAAGCCGGCUGAUCAUAAAACCAAAGGAUGGAAAUGCAGAAGAGCUUAACAGCCUAAGAAAGCAGAGAGCAAGCUCGUCUUCUUCCAAAAUGAACAGCAUGGAUGUUUUGAAUAACUUGGGUUCUUGUGAGUUGGAUGAAGAUGAUCUAAUGCUUGACUUGGAGUUCCUGGAAGAGCAACAUCACCAGCGUUCUGUGUGCCGGGAAGACUCAUACCAGUCAAUAGUGUCAUGUGCUGCUGUAGUUCUCACCCCUGUGGAGACCACAGCGGAAACAAGAAAAAAAGAACAGAUGAUAAUGCCUGAUGUGUCCACACAGAAUCUGUCCUUGAAGCUGUCGAAGGAGGUGGAGCAAGGAGAAGCCAGGCACCCCCGUGUCAGCCAGCUGGCUGGCAGCCCGUCUGUGGAGUGGCCUUUCCCUGGGCUGGAGGAAGGUGGGGGCAUUGAGUCUCUGCCCUUCAGACUGAUGCUCCAAGACUGCACGGCUGUCAAGACAUUGCUUCUGAAAAUGAAGAGGGUUCUGCAAGAGAGUACGGACAUGAGCCCAGCUGGCAGCACAGCCUCUCUCCCUGUCAGCCCCCUUCCUGAGGAGCCCUUGUUUUUCAAGGAUGGAAUAAAAGAUGAAUGCUCAGUGCUGAAGCUGCAGCUGAAGGAGAGAGAUGAGCUCAUAGCCCAGCUUCGUGAGGAGCUGAUAGACUGGGCUCUCAAAGUUUGGAGUCGUCUCUUAUCGGUAAGGUCAUACAGCACUCAGCAAAAGAGAAGAGUUUUUAUAUUGCAGAACUUGGGGAUGAAAAGUUUAAGGAAAAGGCUCAGUGCUUUCAGAAGGCUCUCAGUUCCCAAGCAGAUAAAUCCACACAGACAGAACUCGUUGGCCAUGAUGGCACAGCAUUGGGAAGUGCUCCUGUACCUUCUCGCAGGCAAUUAUACUACAUAUCCAGUCAGAACGGUGAGCCAAAACCUCAGCACAAGGGACAGAAAGUCAACACUUACUCCCACCGAGGACCCUUUUAGACACCCACCGGGCAACCAAGCAGCAGCAUACGAGAGCAAGAGCUGCCAGCUGUCUAAUUUGUGUCUGAGCAGCCUCCUGAAGGAGAAGGAGCUCGUGGAGGCCAUCAAGCACACGCGGGGCACGUACGAGGCCCUGGCCCCAGAGGCGGCCCAGAACGGUUUGGCUGUCACGGCCGCCAGCCCAGCCCAGGCCGCGUCCAAGGCCGACGGCUUCCCCGCGUUCCCGGGAGCUCCCAAGGACCAAAGCGCUGUGCCUCGGCAGCACAGCACCUUCACAGGGAGGCUGGGACAGCCCCCCAGGGGACCCAUCUCCCUACACAUGUACAGCAGGAAGAAUGUUUUCCUCCACCACAACCUGCACACGGCAGAGCUACAGACUUUAGGUCAACAAGAUGGCUAACACGGUGCUUAUUUUCUUGCCAUGGAAGGAGAGUUGAUUAAAGAGGGAUGUAAGCUCACCUAGAGCUCUGUCUUCAGUUCUCAUCUGCUGCUACUUUCAUGUGAAAAAAAAAAAAACAAUAAAAAUUUAACUUUGUCUGUAGGUUCCAUGUUUUCCCACCUUGGACUGAGGCAAAAGGAUGAACGAGAUUGUUAAAUAUCUGGGCUGAUUUGUCAUGCAGAAGUCACCAUGAGUUAAUAAAUGGGACCAUUUGGCUGGCACUGCUAGUCCAAUAUUGGCUAAAUAUAUUUUACCCCUCUAUAAGUCACUAUGAUUCCCUGAAGUUCUAGAAGAUGAUCUUAAAUAAAACCUGUAUGUUUAAUAAUAUUACUGUUAAAGUAGAUGUGAGGAAUAAAUAGAUAAGUAAUUAGUAAACCCUCUUGAAUUCCAUGGAGAUUAGGGAAAUAAGGAGUCAGAAAUCUUUAAGGACCCUCUUUUUACACAUUUUUUUUAAUACAGUGAAAUUUGGUAACUUACAGAGUGUUACCACUUCCUGCUGUAUGUGUUUCAUGAGUGCCUCAUGCUACAAGUGGAGGAAGUAAUUGAUUUUCCUCUAACAGGUUCAUAGAGAGUUGCCAGGUAUUUGAGUCAGUAAAUUGGGUCCCAGACUGAGGAUGUCAGCUUGUUUCCUCAACCUCCCCUUCCCUCUUCACACUUCUAUUUAGCUACAUUUCUCUGAGUGUUUCAGUUCUAUGAGGGCAUGUCAAGUGGUGGUGAUCUUUGUGCUUUACAGGCACUGUAGCACUCAUGAUGCGAUGUGACAUUCUGCUGUGUAAUUCAUCCUAUAAUUUCAUUCCACUUCCCAAACCAAAAAUGUGUGAAAGCCUAAAGUAAGAGAAAUCAUCUUAUUACCCAGGCUGAACAAGGUGCAUCAGUCAUAAUUUCUGUGGGCUGUAUCAUCUGCACUUCAGGACGUGUUGGUUUACACCAGCUCACUGGGUUUGUUAGUCUUGACAUGUAACAGACAAGUGAGAUUAAUUUAUGGCCUGGUCUCUGGGAGUAUGAAAUCAUCUGACCACGCCACAGAACCUGGCGACCUGUCGGUUGCAAAAUAUCUGGUUUUCCCCUCUCAGAGGCUUGGGAACCUCAGUCACUUACUCCAAACAUGUGGCAUAUGUGAAACAUGACACUUGGUUUACAACCUCUCUGGUCCAGGGUAAUCUGUUUGAGUUACAAUGGCACGUGCAGUGAGUAGUUUAAAAAUAAUUUGGCACAUUUAAGUAUGAUUGAGGCAGACCUGAAACAAGUCACUUCUCUCUUUAACCAGUGAUUAACAAGGAAGGACAAGGCUGCAGCACAUUCUCAAACACAAAAACAAGCCGUUGUGACUUAACAGAUAGCAUAUAAUGAAAAAUAAAGCUUCUGUAGCCACUAAAAAUCUGCAACUUUUAAAAGUUAAGUCACAUAGAGUAUACGAAAUAAAGACAAAAUUUUACCUAGUGUUAAAUAUAUCUGCUUCGCUACUUAAUAUUUGGUUGUUACAAGGAAAUUUUUUUAACACGUCUUGCCUAAACUAAAAAAUAGACCAUUAUCUUGGCAGAUAUUCUGUAAAGUAACUUCAGCAGCCUGAAAUUUCAGGCUUCUGUUUAUUGAGGAUUUUAUUUUUAUUAGAGCAGAAUUUAUUACAUUAUCUGAUAUUGAAGAGAGCAGGUUUUGUCUAAAUAUUCUGUAGUGAUAAUUUUGGGUAUCCAGAGAGGGAUACAUAAGAACCAAGACAAACAUUUGCCAAAAUUCUUCAUGUGUCAUGUGUGCAUUGCUGCUGCCAAAACAGAAUGUGCAAAAAUCACAAACACAGCUUUGCCGAAUUAACUGUGAGCAUUCAAGACUCCCAGUCCUGCAUUGAAACUCAUAAUUUAAAGUCUACCAAGCAAGUUUAAAAUAGUAAUAAGAUAAUUUCAUUACUCAGAAUCACUUCUUCUUAGCAAUAUCUUAAAGUCAUGGUAGAUUGAAAGGACAAUUCUUGCUAUCAAUUCAUUUCAGUAUUGCUCAUCUCAAGAGCUCAUGUAUGCAAUUCAAUUUCAGAUCUGUAAAUAAAUAAACAGACACUGUAAUCAAGGAAUUUUUUUCCAGGAUACAAAUGUACUGUACUACAUUAAAAAAAUCAAAAAAAAACCAAACCAACACCCUCUUCAGUUUUAGGUUAUGUACUGUAUCUAUAGUUGUUUUUUUCCUGGGAAAAUGGACUUUUGGAUUACACUUUAUUAAAAAAAAAAUCCAUCUAUAAACUUCAAAAAUAGCAUUUCAAAUGCUACUAUUUUCUUGGAGAAUCUUUUAUAGAGCUGAAACUUUAAAAAACUGGAAAAAAACAGUUCAAUAAAUAUGAGGGAUAUUUUUAAAAUGUCAUCUUGAAGCUGUUUUGUAUCAGUAUUUUCAGCAAUGUUACGUUAUUUGUAAUACUGAGUGUAAAUCUCACCCAGAGAAGGGUAUUAGCCACAUGUUAAUGUACAGUACAGCAGUAACUGUAAAAGAGGUCCUUGCUUUGGUCCUCUCAUGUAUAUAGGAAAUCAUAAAGCAACAGCAUGUGGACAUUCUUGCAGUGAAUUGAUUCCUUUGUACUAAAAAUCUCUAGUUUUUUAAGAGUUCCAUGUACAAAAUUAUUUAUACAUUUCUCCAAGGCUGUACAUAUCCAAAGACAUGACACCGGGGGAAAAGGCAUUUAUUAUUUUUUUCCAUGGAUGUACCUUUCUUCCCUUCUUUUUUCUCUCUUUAUGUACAACAAAGCAUAACUGUAAAUUUUCUGUUUAAAAUAACUUGUUAGUUCCAUGUCUUUCAGCGUGAUAGAGGGCAUUUUAAGGAGGAGAAAAUCCCCGAAGAAAAACUGUUCCCACUUGAAGCAGUGUCCGUCCCACUUUUUUAGAGCAAUCACUUGGCAAAAGAAACCUUAGAUCUGUACCCUAAUAUUUUUUUAAUAAUUUACCAGAGCCACACCUGAAAUGUGCUUAUGAUCUCUGGCCUUACCCUGACUAGGACACCUUCAUAUGACACAAUAACAUGCUAGGGGCAGCCCUGGUGAUAACAUCUUGAGAUGGAAGGAAAACAUUUGUCCAAUACUGUUUUUAUGUUUGGCCUUCAGAGCAGUGGAAAGAGUUUUUUUAAUAACUUGUGCAUGUAGAUGAAGAUCAAGAUGUGUGCUUGUGCAUACUGGAAGAAGAAACCUUGCUACAAAGCUUCCCUCUAUUUAGGCUAUUUAGUAGCAUAUGAAAGCAUCCAGCAACAGAAAACUCCUGCCACCUUUCCAGGCAUGCCAGCCCUCUCUAUGAAAAUGAAACAGCCAGAAUAGAUGCCUUUACUUCAGUCCAGACUUACUGGUUUUUUUUCCACACACCUCCACAUAAAUGUUAGAAGAGCUUUCCUUAUGUGUCUUCUUUCCUGGAAAUUGUGAAAGGGUGUUUAUCCAGACUAUGACGCUCAAAUGAUGUGUCAAUAAAUAUUUGAAAGCUUACCAAAAUGUUAAUACUUGUCCUACAGGGUCAUUCCAGUCAUUACAGGUUCAUUACCAAUAAAAAUUGGUGGUUUUCCCUUUCCAAAGAGCCAGUUUGGAAGUAAUGAUUUCUGUCUGUGCUGUUUCACUUUAUACUGUUAAAUACACAGUACACUUUUCAGACUAAUAAAAAUAAGGUGUUUACAAAUCAGUAGUGUGCUUUACAUGCCCUAAGAGUUGUGCCAUAUCUCCACUGGUUUGAUUGGUAUGACACUGUCUUUGAUUAGGUUCUACUGAGUUAAGCCACCUGAUGAUUGGGAUUGUGGCCUUUAAUCCAGUUAGUCUCAGUUUAUGCACAGGAGUUCUCUAAAUCUGGAAAUCUUUCCUGGGUCAAAAAAGACAAGAAAACCAUCUAAAAAAAACAUCAGAUCAUGAUCUAUGGUGAAUGCACUUCUUUUUCCCCUUCACAUUCAAAAGCAAAAAAACCCUGCAAACCCCUUUGUACAUCUGCACGGUUCACAAAUGAACUAGAGUAACAUCUAACAAAAAGCAAAUUCUUUAAAUAAAUAUCUGGAGAAAAAUGUACAGGCGAGUCUUCUCACAAAUAUUUGUAAAGGUGAUAAGUUUGUCAAUAUUGGGAACUUCUCUAUCUGAGUGCAGUAAUGAAAUGUGUUCCAUGGCCUCUACCACUCUCAACCCAAUGAGUUUUUUUGGAGGGAGAAUUUGCUGUUUGAAACUUGCUCUACAGAAAGCAGGCACUACAGUGUGAGAAAUACAUUGAAAGUAUCCAGGAAGGUGUUCUCCCAGCUGGGAAUGACACUCAGCAUCCUUUCCAGGGUGUAUCUUAGUGCUCUUCAGCCCGCAAGAAGUUGACAGAGAUUCCUCAGGAGAGCAGCGUCAAAUCAUGCAGACCAUGACUGUCUUUAAACAGACUUUACUUUAACAUGUCCCAUAUAAGACACUUCUAAAAUAAUACAGAAAUUUCAGCAGCUGCAGAACACACCUUGC